AUGAAUCUUGAUGCAGUGUCAAUAGCACUUGCUCAAAUUUCAUUUACAAUAAAAACUUUAUCAAAGAAAAACUUCAAAAGUUCACUUGCCGAAAUAGCUAAUCUCGUAUCAGAACAUGGAUUUGAAGCUGAACGACAUUUAUAUCGAACUUUAAUAUCAUAUCUUGAUUUACAAUCAAUUGAACAAAAUAGUUCAUUAAUAAAACGUUCAGAAAAUAUUCAUUUAAAUUAUUGGUUACAAGAAAUUCCAUUCUUAAUAUCUAAACCAAAUUUUGUAACUUUAAUUUGUUAUGCUUUUGAUACGGCGAUAACACAAAAAUCACUUAAAUUGCCAUUAUCUUCGAACGAAUUUUUAUCAUCAUUAUGUAAAUUAUUUAAAUUAAAUCGUGCACAAGAACUUAUAUUUGUUUUUGCUUUACAAAACUCAACACAUACUGAACUUCAAUUAUUAACACACGAACAUAUACAACAACGUUUACCUGAAUUUAUUCGAAUUGCAUCCAGUGAUAAUGGCAUGAAUGAAACAGGUUUAAUUGAUCUAUCAAUUGAAGUACUUCAUUCACUUUUACUAUUUAUUCGACAAUAUCUAUCAAAUGAUUCAAUGGGACCAUUGAUUAAAAAUGAAGAAUUUGAAAAUUUUCUUAAUGUUCUACGAAAAGAAUAUCCAAGAGAACGAAUAGGAAAUAAUGGUUCCAUAAUACUUUUACCUUUACUUUAUUCAUCUAACGAUUUAUCAACAGAUCUUACAUCAAAUCAAUUAUUAUCAGAUUCAAGUAAUCUUCCAACAACUGUGUGGCAAAUGGAUGGUUCUCUAGCUGAUGUUAUCCUUGAAAUGGGUUAUAAUUUUACAGCUGGUGUUGAAGAUUGUCGAAAUGCACUUAUUCAUUUUGGUUUACAAGAAUUAAAACCAUCAACAAUUGCACGAAUGCUUUCUGUUAUGAUUAAAACUUAUUCUGGUCUUAAUGAACAUACACAUAUUUAUGAUUCUAAUGGUAGUGAUAUAACAAUAAAUAAUGAAAAAAAUUCCUUACAAACAUGGAAUGUUGAUACAUUUGUUCUUGCAAUUAAUGAUUUAGUCCCAACAGUUAAUUGGAAAGAUGUUGUAAAAGAACUUGAUCAUCCCGGUUUUAUUGUACGUGAUCGACAAGCUUUAGUACUUCUUGUUACUGCACUUCGUCGAGCUUUACCAGUUGAACUAUAUAUUGAUCUACUUUAUGGACGUUGGAAUAAUGUAGAAGGACAAUUAUCAUGGUUAGCACAAGCUAUUCGUUAUCCAGAUGUUUUUUGUUUUGGUGAUUAUCCAGCACAUCCUGUUUUAAUUGAUUGUCUCAAACAUCCACUCGAUGAUACAAAAGAAACAUGGACUUGGCGUUCAUUAAAUUUAAUUGAAUGUUUAUUACGUAUUGCUGAUACAGGUUUAUAUUCAACUGUAUUAGAAAUAUUUCGACAUGGAAUACAACGUUCGGGUGAAUUGAUUUUUCUUGGAUUGUUACAACUUCAUACUAUAUGGACAACAUUAAAACAAGAAUUAUUACUAUUAAUCAUUCCAACAUUUCUUGCUAAUAGUCCUAAUGCAAAUCCAUUGCUUAAUUAUAUGUGGAAUUUACAGCAUCAUACAACAAUAUUACGUACAACACUUUUAACAUCAUUAUCUGAUUGGUAUAAUCGAGCAAAUGAUAAUGAACAACAACAACGUCUUAGUCGUGUACUUGAAAUUGUACAAGAUUUAAAAACUUUACCAACAUUACUUGCAGCACAACCUAUGACAUUUAUACUUGAUCUUGCUUGUUUAGCAUCAAGACGUGGUUAUUUAAAAUUAGAUAAAUGGUUAUCAGAUAAAUUACGUGAACAUCAAGAAUUAUUUGUUCAAACAACAAUACAAUAUUUACGUAAAAAAGCUCCACAAUUACUUUUACCACCACCAUUAUCAAAAGAUGAUAUAAAUUUAAAACCAAUAAUAAAUGCUGAAACAAUAAAUGUUCUAUUAACUGUUCUUCAAUUAGCAUUAUCAUCAAUAACAAAUAAUGAUCUUAUUCAAGAAAUUCAAACAAUGUUAUCAACAGCUAAAAUUUUUAAUACAUUAACAUCAUCAACAACAACAACAACAACAGGAAAUCUAUUUUCAAAUACAAAUCUUACUGAACCAACAUUACAAAGACCUGCAUCUAUAACAUUAUCAUUAAAUUCUCAACAAUUAUAUCAUCAUCCAACAUCAUUUACACCAUCACCUACAAAUCCAUCCAAUGGACUUUCCUUAACAGCUCAACUUCGUUCAUUACUAAAUGCCAAUGGUAAUGAUCCAUUAGCAAUUGGUUCAUCAUCAUCAUCAUCAACAACAACAACAACAACAGCAACAACAACAACAACAUCAAUGAGUGAAAUAGCUGAUGUUGAUGUUUAUUUUAAACGUUUAUAUUCAAAAACAAGUAAUCCACCACCAAUAUCAGUUGAUGAAUUUCUUGAUAUAAUGACACGUUGUAAAGAUUCUCAAAUUCAACGAGAAAAAGAUGUUUUUCAUAAUGGUAUAAGAAAUUUAUUUGAAGAAUAUAAAUUUUAUACUCAAUAUCCUGAACGUGAAUUACAUUUAACAGCACAAUUAUUUGGUGGUCUUUUUGAACGUGGAUUAUUUCAACAACAAGCAUUAAUUGCUGCAUAUCGUGCUAUAUUAGAAGGUUUAAAAAAACCUAUAGGAACAAAUCUAUGGAAUUUUGCUAUUACAGCACUUGAUAGAUGUAAAAUAAGAAUUCGUGAACAACCACAAUUUCUACAAGGUUUACGAAGUUUAUUAACUUAUUCUGAAAUUCCAUUAAAUAUCCGUGAAUAUCUUGAAUAUGGUACUAAAACAAAUAUUCAACAACAAUUUGAUCAAUUACGUACAUUAACCCCAACAUCAAAUUUAACAGCACCAACAACAGUUAGUCCACAACCACAAAUAUCACAUUCAACCAUGAAUACAUCAAAUAUGUUUCCACGUAUGAAUAGUGGUCCACCAAUAACAAAUCAACAACAAUAUGUUACUGGAAAUGGUGGUGUUGGAAGAGAAAAUCCAGCACAAAAAGGACCAUCAUUAACACAAAAUGCAAAUAUUCGAACAUUAAUGAGUGAUCCAAGUUAUCUUCUUGUACGAGUAAAACCGCCACCCGAACAAAUAAAUGAUAAAGUUGCAUUUACAUUUAAUAAUUUAUCAUUUGCUAAUUUAUCUCAAAAGGCAGAAGAAUUAAAAGAAGUUUUAGGUAAUGAUGAUCAAUUAUGGAAAUGGGUUGCACAAUAUUUAGUUAUGAAACGUGCUUCAAUUGAACCAAAUUUUCAUUCCUUAUAUGCUGGUUUUAUAAAUACAAUUAAUGUUCUUAUCCUUUAUGAUACUGUAUUAACUGAAACACAUCGAAAUAUUAAAAUUCUUUUAUUAAGUGAUAAACAAAUGAAUAAUAUCCCUGAUCGUGCAUUAUUAAAAAAUCUUGGUCAUUGGCUUGGAAUAAUAACAAUAGCAAAAAAUAAACCAAUUCUUGCUACGGAUUUAGAAAUCAAAUCUUUAGUUAUUGAAGCAUAUCAUAUGGGUUCACAAGAAUUAUUAUAUGUGAUACCUUUUGUAGCAAAAAUUUUAGAAUCAUGUACACGAAGCAAAAUUUUUCAACAACCCAAUCCAUGGUUAAUGGGUAUUAUGUCUGUUCUUGCUGAAAUGCAUGCUUCACCAGAUUUCAAAUUAAAUUUAAAAUUUGAAAUUGAAGUACUUUGUAGACAAUUACAAAUUCAAUUGAAUGAUCUUCCAAUUCAUCAUAUAUUAUCAAAUAAAGAAUAUUUUGAUAAAAUUGAAAAACAAUUAUCAAAUAAUAAUCGUCAAUCAUCCGGUGUAACAUCUCAUGUUUAUCAAUCUCAACAAUCAACAAAUUCAACAACAGUAUCAUCAUCUCUAUAUAAUGAUCCAGCUAUUCUUAAUUAUCAUCAAUUACCAACAAGUCAACAAUCUUCAACAACAGCAACAUCAUCUAUAUUACCUAUUUCAAUGCAACAACAACAACAACAACAACAACAACAACAACAACAAACAUUACCUGUAUCAUCAUCAUCGUCAUCAUCAUCAACAUCAUCAACACUUCCACCUGUACCUAAAUAUAAAUUAUCUGAUUUUAAACCAUCAAUAUUUCAAUCAUUAAGUUCAAUGCUUGAAAUAAAUCCAAAUAUAUUACUUUUUCAACAUCAUCCACGUCUUAAAACUUAUAUACAUUCACCUAUUGAACAAGCUAUUAAUGAAAGUCUUCAAACAGUUCAACGUUCACUUAAAGUUGCAACAAGUGCAGCUGAAACAAUUGUACGAAAAGAUUUUCUUUUAAAUCCUGAUGAACAACAAUUACGUACAUCAGCACGUAAUAUGGUUGCUUAUUUAAGUAGUGGUCUUGUACUUAUAACAGCACGUCCAGCAUUACAAGAUCAAAUACAAUCAUAUAUUAAAACACAUUUACAAACAGUUCUUGGUGUUCCACAAGUACCAUCAACAAAUUCUACAACAACAACAACAACAACCAAUAAUAAUAAUAAUAAUAAUAAUAAUAACAAUAAUAAUAAUGAUUCAUCAUCAUCGUCAUCAACGAAUACAACAACAACAACAAAUGGUACAACAAAUGAUCAAUUAUCGAGUCAAACACGUGAAAUGAUUCAUCAAGCAGCAACAGAAAUAGCAGCAUCAAAUAUUGAAUUAUGUUGUUGUCUAUUACAACGUAUAACAAUACAUCGUGCUAUACAAUUAAUUGAUCAACGUUUAGCUGGUGAUAUUGAAAUUCGACAACGUUGUCGAUUAGAAGGACGACAAUUACCAACUGCAACAAGUGUAGCUGAAUUUCAGUCAGAUAGAUUAUUAGAACCUAUACGUUUACGUUAUGGACCAUUAUCAUCACAUCAAUUAGCUAUUUAUGAAGAUUUUGUUCAUUUUAUUCCAGGUUUUAAACCAAGUGAUAAUGAAAAACGUGACCUUGUUCCGGUAAUUUGA